AUGCUUAUUGCUCCUCUUGUCCCUUCUUCGAUCCUAUCCAAAUUUACUCAGGUGGUGUUACCUCGUGAGCCUCCUCUCAUGUCUUUGAUUACUUUCUCGGAUAAGUUCGACAAGUCCAACAGCAAAAAGAAUGAUGUUCAUAUUUUCAAACACCAUUUCAUCAUCUCUUCCAAGUCCGAAGAUGCUUUUAUGGAGUAUUUGAAGGACUACUUUGAAGAAACGGAAACCGUGGAGUUCAUUGAACGAUUUGUCCAUGAUCAAGAAUUUUCAAACAUCAAAAACAGUGAAUGGAUCAAGAAAGUUGGUACUCUAGAUGAAAAUGGUGAAUUUAUUGAACAACGAAAGUACUGUUUUGUCCAGUUACUUGUGCAAAGAAGAAAGUUUGUGAGGAAAGGUUCAGACAAUAUAAAAGUGACUUUGGAAUUUACUGAAUUCCCAACUGGUGAUACCUUUAGCGUGUUUGCAUUUCAUGCACAUGUUGGCAAAGAAUUAUUGGAAGAGAUUUUGAAGGAUAAUGCAUCACCACCCAUGGGUGUAGAGAUUAAACCUUCCAGAAGUAAGAUGAUAGAGUACUUAUAUAGACACAAAAGAGAUAUUUAUAUGCAAUUAAUGAAUACUGGUCACAUUCCAAAGGACAUUCAGUAUUACUCAAGAGAUGCCUGUCAAAUUACCAUUGCAACAGCAAGAUCACUAAUUUGA